GAGUGGAAAGAGUCAUAAAAAAUGAGAAUAGGCAUAUCAAAUAUCAUUAUUUUCCCCCAUUCAGUCUUCACAUUUUUUCUUUUCCUCACACGAGAUCGGUAACACAAUCUAUCAGAUCUGACACCCUUUUCAUCAUUCUCUUAAAUCCCCUUACACAUAAUUCUUCUUAUAUGGCUAUUUUGAAUCUUGAAUGUCUAGAUUGAGUUUUUGUUACUUUCUUCAAUUCUUGAUUUAUUAUUUAUUGGUGGGUUAUGGAUUGGGAAAGAAGAGUGAACGGAGGAGGAGAUUAUAAUACUACUAAUAAUAACAAUAAUAAUCUGACAUCCUCUUCAUCAUCUGGUUAUAUACAACAUCCUGUUUCCAAAUUUGAUACCCUUGCUGGCGUAGCUAUCAGAUAUGGUGUUGAGGUGGCUGAUAUUAAAAGGAUAAAUGGGCUGGUAUCAGAUCUCCAAAUGUUUGCUCUAAAAACACUUCAUAUACCCUUACCUGGGAGGCAUCCCCCGUCCCCAGUCUUAACAAAUGGUCAAGACACUCAACGACCUAGCAGCUCUGAACAAACCUCUUCAAGUCGUCGACACACUGAUAUAUUCGAUUCAUUUCAGUCCCUGAAACUGAAAUCCUCUCCCCAGCCAAAAGUUUCACCAGCCAUGAGCACCUUACAAGGAUAUUAUGGUCUUAAACCGCCAGAUCAGAAAGCUGCAUCUGAAGGAUUUGAAAUGGCAGUGUAUCGAAAGGGAGGAUCACAUUAUUUAGAAGACGGCCCAUUUUACAAAUCCUCUCAUUCAAAUCCACCACUUAGUCUUCAGAGAAAAUCUAAGAGUGUAGCUAAUGGUUUUAUGUCAGAGAAUGGAGAUCCAACACAAGACACCAGAGAAAAUGGUUCGGAUAGAUGGUUUGCGAAAUUAGUGAGAAGGCGUCAAAAGUCGGAGACCGACUUCACACGUACUCCAGAAAUGCUGUUGAAGGAAGAUAACAGCAACAGUGGCUGGUUUUCAGCCGUCACUGGAAAGGGCUUAGCUUUGAGACCCAAGUCAGCUAAUCGAACUCUCUCUGGAGCGGAUGCUGAAGCAAAUUCAAUAAGUCCUAUUCCUUUUGGCUUGGGGGAUUCUUUGAUAAACAAUAGCGCGUCCGUAGUUAGGAAGUCAUCAAGUACAUCGAAUUUGCAGGAUUCAGAUAGCGGUACAUUGUCUUCCCUGUGGAAUUUGAAGCCAGAUUUUCAAGCAAUUUCUACUUCAGCCAUACCAAAACCAAUUACUGGUCGAAGAAACAAGGCUGCACUUGAUUAGCUUAUUCUUUUUGGAUUAGCUGCUUAGAAGUUCAUUUUCUUCAUGACUUUAGACAGAGCAUCCUCUGGUGAAGUGAUAAAUGGAGAAUUGAAUAUAGAAGCAGACACUUUGGUUAUCCCUUGGUAAAAUAGACUUCCUUUGGUUGGUUGGUUGGGGCAUAGGUGAAGUUGAACUGUCCUCAGAAGUUGAGAUUUAUAGCAGCAUCAAACUUGGCUGAAGUAUCAGAGUGUAGAUUUAUAAUCGAUUUUUGCAAUAGCAUGGUAAUGCAUCGUGCGAAUUGUCACAGCAGAUGUAUAUUAGGCAUUUAAGUACAUUGAUCUGAAAGGGGGAGAGGAUAUUUAUUGUUUAUACAUGUAUUAUAUGGUCCGUCCAUCACUACACAUGGUUUGUGUUGUAUUUCAUCCCUUAUUCUUCUGGACUGGAGAUUGAUAAUUAUUUUUACAUGGAA